AUGUCCUCCAUCCUCCGCAGACUCCAGGGAGGCAACCUCGAAGUGUUCAAGUUCGGCAUGUACAUCAUCUUCCCCAUCGGAUGGAUGUAUUACUUCGGCACGAAUCUCGACGACCGCUUCAGCGUCCCCGGCUUCUGGCCCACAACCGAGCAAUCGCACAAGAUUCCCCUCGAGAAAGAAGAGAUUGAUCGCGAAUUGUCGCGCAUGCGCAUGUUGGAUGCAGUCAAGCGGGAGAAGCGACAGCAGCGCGCGGCGUUGGAGGCUGAGGCUCAGGCUCAGGCGGCAUCUGCGAACGCGGAGUAA